AAAGUAUAAAGCACCAACUUUGCAUUCCUCUUAUAAAUAUGCAAGAAACGAUAUCACUGCCUCUAUAUACAUAUAUGCUCAUCGCAAAGAAUCAAAUACCAUAAUCCUUAGGGUUUAACGAAGCUUAAUCACGCAAAAUCUCCCAAUUAGCAGACUGAUUUUUCGAAUUUCAGAGAGACGAAGAAAGAGGAGAGAGAGAGAGAGUACGGGUAAAGGAUUGGGAUUUUUUAUUGAAGGGGAUGGGAGGAUGCUUUUCGGAUGUGAGGGGAGGCAAGGACGCCGUGGGCGGGGACCUGCCGAGGCCCACCGAACCGAACGCCAACAACGACGGCGCUCACAACGAUGCCAUUGAAUUCUUUUACAGGGCGCAUGGUGCUUACCCGCUUUUUACGCAACUCGAGUUAUCCUUUUCAGCUUCCAAGUUGCUGGAUCUUGAUGUCACUUCAAAGAGUGAUCCUAUGGUGGUUGUAUACCUCAAGAAGAAUGAUGGUAAGCUAGAGGAACUUGGGCGAACUGAAGUCAUACUGAACAAUUUAAAUCCGGUAUGGAUUCAGAAAGUUUCAGUAGCUUAUCAGUUCGAGACGGUGCAGAAUUUGAUAUUCCGUGUCUACGAUGUUGAUACACAAUACCACAAUGUACCUGUAAAGACUCUGAAUUUGAGGGAUCAAGAGUUUCUUGGAGAAGGCAGUUGUGUCCUUUCAGAGAUUGUGACUAAACAAAAUCGAAGUUUAACAUUGACUCUGAAAGGCAAAAACGGGCAGGGAGGUUUGAGAAACUUUGGAACACUCACCGUGCAUACCGAGGAAACUAUUGCUUCUAGGAGUGCUGUAGAGAUUAAAUUCCGCUGUGCCCACUUGGACAACAAAGAUCUCUUUUCUAAAAGCGAUCCCUUCUUAAGAAUAUCAAGAACUGUUGAGACUGGGGGUUCUAUUCCAAUUUGCAAGACUGAAGUGGUGGAUAACAAUUUAAACCCGACCUGGAAACCAUUAUGCCUGAGUAUGCAACAGUUUGGAAGCAAGGAUACCCCAUUGGUUAUUGAGUGUUUUGAUUUCAAUAGCAAUGGCAACCACAUUCUUAUUGGGAAACUCCAAAAAUCAGUAGCAGACCUUGAAACACUAUUCAAAGAAAAAAGUGGGGUGAACUUUUUUAUUCCAUCUUCUCGUGCGGGUCAUGAAAAGGUUUUGAAGGGUCAGCUAUUUGUGGAUCAAUUUUGUGAGAAGGAACAAUUCAGCUUUGUUGACUAUAUAUCUAGUGGAUUUGAGCUUAACUUCAUGGUUGCAGUUGAUUUUACGGGUUCAAAUGGAGAUCCUAGAAAGCCCGAGUCUUUGCACUAUAUUGAUCCGUAUGGCCGGCUGAAUUCUUACCAGCAGGCUAUAACAGAAGUAGGACAAGUCAUUCAGUUCUACGAUGCUGAUAAGAGUUUUCCUGCUUGGGGCUUUGGAGGAAGGACGGCUAAUGGAACUGUAUCACACUGCUUCAACUUGAAUGGAAAUGCAAGUGAAUCUGAGGUUGUCGGUGUUGAAGGCAUAAUGGCUGCUUAUGACAGCGCUGUACGCAAUGUUGCUCUGUCAGGACCGACGUUGUUUGGCCUAGUGGUUAACAGGGCUGCUGAAAUUGCCGCCAGGUCCCUCUCGUCCAACAACAAGUACUACGUCUUGCUCAUUAUAACGGAUGGAAUCCUCACCGACCUUCAAGAAACAAAAGAUGCUCUGGUGAGGGCAUCUAAUCUUCCUCUAUCAAUCCUCAUCGUUGGAGUCGGUAAUGCAGAUUUCAAACAAAUGGAGAUCCUUGAUGCUGACAACGGGCAACGAUUAGAAAGCUCUACAGGUCGCAUAGCUAUGCGUGACAUUGUCCAGUUUGUUCCAAUGAGAGAUGUGCAAACAGGUGGGCAGAUUUCUGUUGUUCAAGGUCUUUUGGAAGAGCUGCCCGGACAGUUGUUGAGUUACAUGCGUUCCAUGGACAUCAAGCCGCUCAUCUUCAAUGCCGCUGCCCAAGUAUCACCUGCCUGACCGUCGACGGAUUUCUUCUUUCGUUUCGAGUCCCGCCAUAACACCGGCUGGCCGAAGAAUAGCCUUAGAAAUUCCAUUACAAAUAUUAGCUAGUGAUUAGUUAGUUGAGGGUGCUUUAUGAAAUCUUCCAGCACAAAACAUGUUUAGUUAGUUAAGGAUGGUUUUGAAAUCCACUGCGACAAACAUGAAGCAGUUCAAUCUCAAGCCGAAAAAUAAAGAGAAAGAUCACAUUAACUAUGGCAAAUCUUUGUACCCUUGUAAAGGGACAUCACGAAUACUUUGUUGUAUCGAGCAUUCAUGCUAAUGCAGUGUGAAAUGUUGAUAUGAAUGCUCGAUACUACAACGCAUUUGAUAUUACAAGGCAUUCGAUAUUACAAGGCA